UGAAGUUCCUGCUGAUGAUUCACUGCUGCAUGCACACAACCGACAGAGCGCAGGAAAGACCUGACUACUUCAACACAACAUGAGCUACCUAAAGUAAACUCAUUUCUUUUAAGGACUUCUGUUGCUGUCUGCAUUUGUUUGUACUUAUUUGUCAACUUUAUGGCUGUUCAGGGAGACCAUUUGUACCUCAUUGCAAUGGAAUGUAAGUCUCUCCGUUUCUAAAUGGUUUUUAGUUUCUAAUUUGGGCUCAGUGUCGUGCUGAGACUAGCCCAAAGGGUCUUUGUUCACAGAGCUUUUCUGCAUGAAAUCGGGCUUUGAAUUGAAUCUCAUGAAUCUUCUGAUUUGAACACAUGCAUAUUUUUUAUGUAUCUACGUUUCUCUAGUUUUUAGAUUCUGUUUCUGCUUUUCUGAAUGAUGGUGUCAGAUAACAAAGGAGGACUCUUCACUCUCCUGUCUUUGUCAGUGUUUUAGGUCUACUUUACGGAAACUCUCUGAAAGACUUUGUUAAAUCUGCAGUAAUUCACACUGAGAAAAUCAGGACAAGAUGGCUUCACUCAUCUCAGAAAACUUCAAAUUUAUUGCGCUCUUCUUCAAGAGUAAAGAUGUCAUGAUCUUCAACGGCCUGAUAGGUUUAGGGACAGUAGCCAGUCAGACAGCAUACAAUAUUUUAGCAUUUAACUGUCCAUGUUCACCAAAGAAGAAUUACCUGUACGGCCUGGCUGCCAUUGGUGUACCAGCUCUGGCUUUCUUCAUCAUUGGGUUGAUGCUAAAUCGAAAUACUUGGGACGUUGUGUCAGAGUGCCGCACCAGAAAAUGCCGGAAAUUAUCACUGUCUGCUGCUUUUGCUCUGUUGGGCUCCAUUUUGGGGAGAGCAGUUGUUGCCCCCAUCACUUGGUCAGUUAUUUCCCUCCUGAGAGGAGAGGCGUAUGUCUGUGCUUUAAGUGAGUUUGUAGACCCCUCUACUUUGGAUCAUUUCCCUCCUACUACAAAGACUCCAGAGAUCAUGGCUCGGUUUCCAUGUAAUGAUGUACCUGCUCCAUUUAUGAACUACACAAGAGUGAUCGAACGCCAGCUAAAGUAUGAAUCCCAGCUUUUGGGCUGGUUGCUGGUGGGAAUCAUCUCCCUCUGUGUCUUUCUGCUCCUCUGUCUGAAACACUGCUGCUCUACACUUGGCUAUCAGCAGGAGGCGUACUGGACCCAGUAUCGUUCCAAUGAACAAGAUCUAUUCCAGCGUACAGCUGAAGUUCAUUCUAAAUACCAUGCUGCUGAGUGCGUCAAGAACUUCUUUGGCUUUGUGGCCUUGGAAGAUCAGGAGAAGCAGCUUCUAGAAGCCUGCAAGGAAGCCAAGAGCGUCAUUCCCAGAGCUGAGUGGAACCGUAUAACUGGGGUUUACAUGUACAGAGAGAUCGAUGACACUCCGGUGUACAGCCGCUUAAACAAAUGGGACUUGUUAACAAAAGAGAACACCUGUUAGGUGAAUGAAAAACAUUUUGUGCGUUCUCUUCUAUCAAUGUUUUUCAUUUAUUGUUUUUGUUGUUUCUUCAUGGAAAACAUGCUUGAGUAUUAUGUUGAUAUUUGUCAUUUAAGGCUGUAAUUCAGUGUUCAGUUUUUUUGCAACUUUUUUUUAAGGAAAAUAUUAUCUGUUUCUAGUUUAGUAGAGAGGAUCUGGCAGUUUAAAUUGUCAUAUUUUGAUAACGCACAACUAUUUAGCAUCUGUUUUAAGGGACAUGAUGUACUCUCAGGUUAAGAUGAUUUCUUGUUACACUUUUCUCAGCAAUAAAGUGCAUCUGACAAACAUAUUUGCUAUAACAAAACAAAGCAAAAAACUGUUCAAAUGAUGUUAUUAACUAC